AUGACACCCCCCGACACCCUCAACAUCAGCGACGACCCUCGAGCUUUUAGGCCCGCGCAUUCAAUAACGCACGAUGCAGACACGGCAGUUGAUGAUGAGGCUGGCUCCUCCCAGACGACACCACUGGGACAGCCUACCACAGACCCGAAACCGACCCAGACGAGACCCCCGUUGAGACCCAGCCCUGGUAUCGCCGCUCCUGGCACAGGAGACGACCUUCCACACUCCCUCGGGGGAUCCGGUGUCCCGAGGAUGCCUUCCGACGGCCUCAAGCGGCCCCAACCUGAAUCUCUCAGCCCGCUCCGGUUGGCGAUGCCGACCAUAUCGCCUGGGCAGCUUGCCUUCUCAGCGCUGCAAUAUCUCCCGGUGCCAACACUUGUCUUGAGCAGCCUGAAAACCGUCCUUCUCGCAAACGAAGCCCUCGGGCGUAUGCUGGGAAUCGUGGACGACCACUUGGACGAGGUGGAUGCCUCGACGACCCUGGAACACUUGCGAGGUCAAUCUCUCUCACAAGUCGGCAUUGACAUGAUCCAGGAUGGACAACCGGUCUGGGUGACGUGGGAGGUAUUCCUGGACAAUAUCGUCAAUGAAAUGGGAGUUCGCCCGCCGGCAGGGACACGGAGGGGUUCCCCCAAUGAAGGCCCAGACACGCCCAACACUGCCCCCACGCUCCCCAUCGAACGAAGGUUGUCGGGUGGCCGCCCUACCCAAGACGCAGUCGUCGACGUGGUCGUUUCGCGGAAAGGCAUAAGCAAAACGGCGUUCGACUCCCGGUACAAGUCCCAGGUUUCCGAAUAUCAGGUCUUUGCAAAGAUGAUCAUCUCCAUCUGGGAGCUUGAGGAUCGGCAGACGUAUUUCACACUGACCUUCACAAGCACACAGUCAACGCCUUCCUCUUUCGCUGCGCCACGCAAGUCGGUUGCUAAGCCCAGCAUCCUCGAAGCGGCAGAUAGGAAGACAAUAGUGACUCCGCUGGCAUCGAACCCGCCGUCAGUCGCUUCAAGUCGCGACUCAUCCGAGCCAUCCUUUUACAGCCCCUCGGCCGUGACAAUGUCCGCCACUCCAUUCCCUCCCAUGGGCCCGCCUUCCGUAGCGUCGCGGUCCAGCACGCCCUCGGUCCUGCAAAAGAUGCUGAGGAUGAAGGAUGCGUUACUAGACCACACACAGAUGCCCAUCCUGGCCAUGUGGAAGGAUGGAAGCGUCACGUUCCCCAACAAGGCAGCAAGACGACUGUUUCGAAAAGACUCGAGUCGCGACGCAUCAGGCGAUGGGUAUGAGGUCCUUAAGAAGUUUGACCUGUGGACCGAGGAUUUCAGCCGCGCUCUUGAGAUCGAAGAGUACCCGAUCUCAAUCCUGCUUCGCACCGAGGAGGCCUUUUCUAGCAUGCGCAUCGGCAUGUACAACGCAGAUGGCGAGCAGUUGGUCAUGGACGUUUUAGGUGAGGUAAUACGAGAUGAGAGCACCGGCGAGUUCCUGGCCGGUGUGGUCACUGGUCGCGACAUUACCGGCAUGACGAGAGAGAUCACUGAAAUCAAGGAGCGCGAUGAGGAACGGUUCAGACUCAUUUGCGACACCAUGCCACAGCUCGUCUGGACCGCUCGGCCAGACGGUUACCAUGACUUUUUCAACACCAGAUGGUACACGUACACUGGUCUCACGCCUGAAGUGUGCUUGGGCAAGGGCUGGCAGCUUCCAUUUCACCCAGAUGACAUGGCCGAGACGACGGCGCGCUGGGCGCAUUGUUUGAAGACUGGCGAUCCGUACGUCACGGAAUAUCGCUGCCUCAGCAAGGAAGGUGAAUGGCGAUGGUUCCUCGGGCGGGCGUUGGCAGUACGCAACAAGGAGACGGGGCAGAUCGAGAAAUGGUUUGGUACGUGUACGGAUGUGCAUGAGAGCAUGGAGACCAAGCUCAACGCCAAGCGGACGAAACAGCAGCUCCUGAGCGUCAUUGCGCACUCCCACGUGACAAUCUUCACAGCGGAUAUGGAUCGCAGGGUCACGAUGCUUGAGGGAGCUCUCAUCUGGGACAGUGGGAACGAUGAGAGCCGGGACGACGGCAGAUGGUUCAUCGGACAAGAUGUAUACACCGUCUUCUCCAAGCUCACAGAGCAUCUGUCCGAGGGGCUGAGGCCUCAUUUCCUGGGCCCCGUUGAGGAUAUAAUCAAAGGCAAUGUCGCUGAGGACGUCGUUACCGAGGAGCACCCUUUCAAUGGACGUUGGUACCGCACACGCUUCUUGCCCAUGUAUGGCAAGAGGGCCAGCGACGGCCGAGUGGUUGACGAGGCCUCCAUCGAGGGUGUGAUUGGCGUCAUCAUGGACGUGACGGAACUCCGACACCAGAAGCACGAGGCUGAAGUGCGGCUCAAGGAAAAGCGCAAGGCGGUCGCGAACGAGGCAGCAGCGCGAGAAGCCACGAGACUCAAGAGUCAAUUCUUGGCCAACAUGUCACACGAGAUCAGGACGCCUAUCACUGGUGUGUUGGGCAUGGCCGAGCUCCUGGGCGGCAUGGAACUCGAUGCGGAGCAGAGGGAAUACGUGGAGAACAUCUACAGUUCUGCCAACUCCCUUUUGACAGUCAUCAACGACAUCUUGGAUUUCUCCAAGGUAGAGUCUGGCCGGUUGGACGUGGAGGAGGUGCAGUUCUCACUCUCACUCAUCGUCAAGGAAGUGGUUCGCAUGCUUCAGUUCGCCGUGGAGAAGAAGAAUCUCGACUUCCGGUCAGACAUUGAGGCGGAAAUCGAAACGGACAUGGUGGUCAUCGGCGACCCGGGACGCGUGCGACAAAUCAUCACCAACCUCCUGACCAACAGCAUCAAAUUCACCAAUCAGGGCUACGUUCGGUUCUCUGUGCAAAAGGAAAAGGAGACAGCCGAUUCGGUCACAGUACGAUUCGUGGUUGAGGAUACUGGCAUUGGCAUCCAGGAUGAAGUUCGGAAGAAGCUUUUCCAGCCUUUCAGCCAAGGUGACGCCUCGACGGCCAGGCGCUUUGGUGGCACAGGUCUUGGCCUCACCAUCUGCAAGAACCUCCUCGAAUUAAUGCGUGGGAGCAUAAAUCUGCAGUCCAAGGUCGGCAGCGGCACGACCGCCACGUUCUUCAUCCCGUUUAGCAAAGUGCAUGGACGCAAGGAAGCUCAUCCAGUACAGGCCGGGGCGAUCCCGGAUAGGUUGCAGAGUGAGCUGAGCUUGUCGUGCAACAGCUCAGAGCAGGACCACCUUAUCAACAGCGUGAACGAACUCGGGCAGAGCCCAGCACCUCUCCCAAUGCGUCGCGCGUCCCUGCGGACACCACCCAUAACCGCCAAUGACCUCCCGCGCUCGGAAAGGGCCAAGAUGCUUAUUCUUGUGGUCGAGGACAAUCCCGUCAACCAGAAGAUCGCGACCAAGACCAUCAGCAAGCUGGGAUUCCAGGUCACAGCCGCAUGGAACGGGCGGGAGGCCCUUGAAUAUGUGGUCGAUUCGACAAAGGGCAAGAAUCCCAGGCCCGAUGUCAUCCUGAUGGACGUACAGAUGCCGGUCAUUGACGGCUAUAAGACAACUCACCUCAUGCGGCACCACCUGCCUUACAAGCACUUCGUGCAGGAUGUCCCCAUUGUGGCCAUGACGGCCUCGGCCAUUCAGGGCGAUCGGGAGAAGUGCACAAAGGCCGGCAUGGAUGACUACCUCUCGAAGCCGGUCACCAUGAGCAUUCUCGAGCGCAUGCUCAUUCGGUGGUGCCUCCAGAGACGUCGUGCAUGUCCGUCACCAGCACCAUCCGACUGCUCGGAGCAUUCGGAGCAUUGUGAGAAUGCGGACAUCCCGCACGUCGCGCAUGACGAGCAGGAGCCGUCGUCGGAGGCUCCUGGCGGCGGUGAUAAUUCGGCGCUCACGCCCCGUCCGCUGACGACCAACGGCCAGUCGGAGCCUUCGCCAUUCGACUCACCUAUGCCGCCACAGGAGGUGCGACGACCCGAAGGCGAGAAGGAGCACGCGAGUCUUCUGCAGGAGACGAAACUCAUCGAUGCGGCCGGGGGGCCACCGACGACGAUGAGGAGCUCAAGUUUCCAAGCGCCGUCGCGGGGCGAGGCGUUGACUGAGGCAAAUAUGAACAAGCUCAAGUCGGAGGCCAGAUCGUAG